AGGUCAAGAUGGCUUUUUGUGAUUGCCUCAUGGCCUACUUAGCUUCUUUGUUCUUUCUUUUUUUCUGUGUUCUGUGAAUGUUUGCAUUUGCAUUUUGCAACGCUGAUUUUUAUUAUAGUGGAAGUGGUUUGUGCCUUGUGGAUUUAUAAUUUCUUGGAAUUAUAGAAUUCAUAUUCAUGAUAAAUACUACAUAAUAAAACAAAAUAAACAAAAUACAUGGUGUGGAAUUUUUGAUUUGAUGCAUGCUUGCAUCCUUGGCACCUUGUAGCUAUUUAUUGGAAAGCUGACAUCGAUGCUCAUAGUCUGCUUACUCUACGUUGUAACUUAUGUGUUAGAAGUUUAGCUAGAUUUGUUCUUUAGUGUUUUUAAAUUUCUUUAUCUGUAAAAUCCAUGUUUCCAUGAAAAGCAAUGUAAGCUCAACUAAGAAAUGUUUUUGUGAUUUUUUGUUAGGCUAUAAAAUAGGUUUGGAAAACGAAAUCAAAGUUAGCGUUGAAAGAUAAUGGCGGGCAGAGGGAGUGGUGGGAGAGGCGACCGCCUCCGAGAGCUGCUGAGUCAGAUGGAGGAGGAGGAGAAGCAGAAGAAGGCGGCAGCAGAAGCGGCUCAGGCCCUAUUGAGGGCUCAGGCGCCUCCGCAACCGAUGCCGGGAUUUUCUGUGGGUAGAGGAAGGGGAAUAUUAGGAGCUCUGAGCCAGUCAGCAGCUGCAUCUUCUGAGCCGGCACCAAUCAGACCCAUGGGUCGAGGAGCUAUGAUGAGCUCGCUGAUAGCUCAAAGAACUGAACCAAGCGUCAGUCGACCUAUCGAGAAGGUUACAGAAGCUGUGGAAUCACUGUCUUUACAACCAAGGGCUAAGCCAAUGCCAGUUGCUGACAGACCGCCAGAAGUUCAUACUGGCACUUCUGGAACUCAAAUAAGCAUGACAUCGAACUACAUUCGACUGCAGUGCGACCCAGACAAAGGAAUGUUUGAGUAUUUUGUCAGAUUUAUUCCUGAAGUGGAUAAUGUGAAACUCAAGUAUGAUCUUCUUUCAACCAGAAAAGACAUAAUCGGAGAUACCAGGACUUUUGACGGACAAACUCUUUAUUUGCCAAAACUUCUAAAAGAUCAGGUCACUUACUUGGAUGCUGUUAGUAAAUUGGAUCAAUCGAGAGUUCAAAUUGAGAUUACUUUUCAAAGGAAAAGAAAUCUUGCAGAAUGUGUGCAUUUCUAUAAUGUACUUUUCAAUAGAAUCAUGCACAUAUUAAAUUUUAUUCGAUUUGGAAGAAGUACAUUCAAUCCGAAGGAAGCCGUACCGAUCCCCGAAUACAGGUUGGAAGUUUGGCCGGGUUACGUGACGGCUAUCGAAAAUCACGAAGGAGGUCUCCUCAUCUGCUGCGAUGUGUCCAGCCGAGUGCUGCGCAAGGUCACUGCUCACCAAAUCAUUCAAGAUGUUUUGCAAGGGAGUAGAUCGGGUGACUACAAGGAGAUCGUUCAAGCUACACUCAUUGGAAACUCGGUAAUGACCGACUACAACAAAAAGCUGUACAGAGUAGAUGAUAUAGACUUCACAAUCAACCCCAGCGAUACAUUCGUGAAAGCUGGCAAAGAAGUCUCUUUCAUUGACUACUACAAACAAGCGUAUGGAAUCAGCAUUAAGGACUCAAAACAGCCCAUGUUGCUCCACCGAGAGAAGCUGCCGAAGGGUGUGAAGAAGGUUCAAGAUGAACCAAAGAUGAUAGCGUUGGUACCCGAACUGUGCUACAUGACGGGAUUAACUGAUGAAAUGCGCAGCGAUUUCAAGGUCAUGAAGCGCCUCAACAUGGUAACCAGUUUGCCUCCCAAUCUGCGACAAGCCAAAUUGAAGAAGUUCAUCCAAAUUGUUAAUCAGAAUCCAGAUACUUGUGCUCUACUAGCCAAUUGGGGACUGCAGAUGGACAUUGACUCGAUUCCACUAACUGGUCGUUUGUUGGAGCCAGAAAAAAUUAUUUUCAAAAACGACAGAUACACCAAAUCGGAUAUUGCUGACUGGAAGCGAGAAGCUGGAGAAUACCAAAUGCUUGAGGCGGUUAGUUUGGAAAAUUGGGCAGUGAUAUGUACGAGAAGAGACGAUCAAAUAGCCAAGUCGUUCAUAGAUGCGAUGAGGAAGGUGGCGCCCCGGGCCGGAAUGAUGGUCAACAGUCCGCAAAUCCAGAACCUUGACAACGACAAGCCGCAGUCUUAUGUGAGCGCGCUGCGUGCUAUCAUACAAUCAGGCCUCCAGAUCGUUGUCAUCUUCUUUCCAACAAGGAGGGAGGAUCGCUAUGCGGCUGUCAAAUCCAUCUGUUUGGUGGAAAACCCUAUUCCAUCUCAAGUGAUAAUAGCAACAAAACUAAGAGGUCCAAAAACAAUGGCGAUCACUCAAAAAAUCGCAUUGCAGAUGAACUGCAAACUUGGAGGUACCUUGUGGGGAGUCAACAUUCCGUUUGGUGAUACGAUGAUAUGCGGUCUGGAUUCGUACCACGACCCGUCGAGGAGAGGUGCCAGUUGGGUGGGUUUCAUCGCUUCAAUAAAUCGGGAGGUGACUCGAUGGUACUCGCAGGUUGUCCAGCAAGGAGUCGGCCAGGAGUUCGUCGAUGUCCUCCAGCCAGCUCUCAUUGCUGCUUUGAACGCCUUCAACAGAGAAAAUGGAAAGUUUCCUACGAAAGUAGUAUUUUUCCGAGAUGGCGUUGGCGAUGGGCAGCUGAAGACAGUGCACGAUCACGAAGUGCCGCAGCUGGAGAAUGUGAUGCGUUCCAUUCAGAAAGGCUACGAGCCGAAGAUCGCUUUCAUCAUUGUACAAAAGCGAAUCAACACAAGACUUUUCACACUGGGCCGACGUGAAGAAGAAAACCCACUUCCUGGCACCGUAAUGGAUCACACCAUUACUCGUAGAUAUUACUACGAUUUUUUCAUUGUUUCUCAACAUGUUACCCAGGGCACUGUAGCUCCUACUCACUACCUCGUAAUCUACGACACUUUGAAUUGGAAGCCGGAUAUGAUGCAGAGACUGGCUUACAAGAUGUGCCACUUGUAUUACAAUUGGCCGGGAACAGUGCGAGUUCCAGCACCCACGCAGUAUGCACACAAGCUGGCAUACUUGGUCGGCCAGGUUGUGAGGAAAAAGCCGAGCGCCGCACUCAACGACACUCUCUACUUCCUCUGAACCCUAACGGUAAUCCCCAUCAAUUUCUGGAUCUCGAAGUUAAUUUUAAUCGCAUAUAGUUUUAUUUUAGUACAAUGGAGAUCAUUGUUCAACUUACUUCUUAAUUUUGCAUUACCAAGUUGAUAAUUAUGUAAUAUUUGUCUUAUGUUUAUGUAUGUUGAAAUGUGCUAACUUUAAUGUAUUCAUAAUGUUUCAUGACAAAAAAAAUGUAUAAUGUAAAUGAUGGAUUAUUCAUGCCCUGAAUAUCAUCCUUAAGGGCCCCAUUUGAGUGGUAUGUAUGAUCAUGCAUAGAUCGUUUAUAGUAAUCAAAUAUUUGUUUUACCCCCUUAAAAGGGGUAUAAUAGGGAAUAAAAUAUUUGAUAAAAGUUGGUAACCAUAUUAUAUAUAAUGGGGCCCUGAUUAAAAAACGAAAGCACUUUGAUAUUUGAGUUUUGUUGAAGUAUACUCUUUUCAUUUAAAAAUUACAAAACUAAGAAGUAUCACACCUAAUUAAGCUUGUAUUCUAAUAUUUAUUAGUUGAUUUAUUUUCAUUUUGUGUUCUAUGACGAAAAAUAUCAUUAGAUUUCAUGAUUCAACAGAUUUGAUGCUGAUCGAUAUUCAUGAAGAACUAUAUUUUACAUUUGUUUUCCUCUUUGUUUUAGAGCAAAUCGAUUAAUGUUUUUCUAUUUGUUACAAUACAAGACAAAAGUAUUGCUUUUUAUAGUACUGUAAAAACUGUACUUACUCCUUAAUUUUUGGAUUUAUUUCUAUCAAAGGAGAACGUAUCAGUAUGUAUGAUAUACAGUACUGAUCUAUCAGUAUGUAUCUAAAUAUUGAAAGACAAUAUGAAUUUAAAAUUAUGCUGAUUUUGGUUUUCAGUAUUUAAUGCAGUGAAUAAAAAAUCAUUUGAAAAAUAUCACCGCUAGCCAUUUUAAUUCAAAUCGCGUUUGUUAAUCAGAUUUUUGAGAAACUAGUUUUAGAUUACAUAUUAGAUUAAUUUGUAUCUUAUAUUGUCCAUAAUUCUCACGAAUGAUCGUAAGUUAUUUCAAUAAUUUGAAUUGCAUUUGGUUGCACAACAAGCAUAAUUUGAUUCAUUAAUCAGCACCACGUUGGGACCUAUGGAUCCAGGAAUAUUAUUUGCUCCAAUGUGAAUUACACGAGUACUUUUUUGAUACCAAUAAGUUUCUUUCUCCUGAUGUGAUUCAACGAUUCAACACUAUUUCCAUGAGGGAUUGCAUAUUAUGUAUUUAUAUUUUGAAAUAAAUUUGUAUUUUAUCAUGA